UUGGACAAGUGCAUGGCAUGGGUUUGCUUCCAACUCCUAAGCAAGUCUACGGUCGGACGCCACGGUAUCUAAAGAACAUCAAUAUGACUAGAACUGAUGGAUCACCAUAUGAAGUUGAACAUGACGUUUGGGAGGCAAUAGCAAAGAUGCAGGAGCAUAUAAAAAGCAAGACCAGAUUAUUAAAGAUAUGAAUAACAAAGAAGGCUAUGUCAAUAAUGGCAUAGAAGAGGAAAACCUCCAAUCAAAUGAUAAUGGUAUUUCUCGCUCACCACUACUGCUUGGUAAAACAAAGAGAAUCCAGUGCAAUGGACCCGUUGAGGCAUGCUCGUCUAUGCAACAUGACAUUCCUAAGGAUACUAAUUUAUCACGUUCGCAUGAAAAGGUUGGCGACCAUGAUGUCAACCAAUUACAAAUUCUACAAAAUUCAUCAUCACCACAAGACCUUGUUAUUGAUUCUGUGCUAGAGGUGAUGGAAACGAGGAAUAUUACGGGUGAAUCUGUUUCAAGACCAAACCAACAAAGGACUAGAACUGAACACCCACACCGCUCAAAAAGAAGGUGUUCUUCUUCCAUCAAGGUUGCUUCCAAAGUAGUCUUAAAGACUUCAACAUAUCCCAACAAGCGGAAUGUUGCGUAUGGUACUAUUCGGAGUACUGAUCCAAGAACAAAGGCUGGUGGUAUUGAGUUAGGUGCUGAAUUUGCUCUUGUGCGCAUAGACGAACCUAUUCUUGAUAAUGAGGAGUUGGUAAGGGAAGUUUCUGAUUGCAAGACAAUUGGCGAGGCUUUCACUUCAGGAUACUUAAUUGACUGGCCUUCAGCUUUUAUUCGAGAGAAGGAUGGUUGAUUUGCAGUUGAAUUCUUGGAUCAAGAAGCAAAUAAAAUUUGAAGAUUUUAGCUACCAAUAGUUGUAGUUUACAUUGAUAGAUUUAAAAGUGUAAUAUCAUCCAAAAGAUCUUUUUCUUUCAUCGAAUUGAUGCAAAUGCGACAGUGUAAUAUUCCCCAUAGUUGUGUUUUCUAUC